AAGGCAUUCCCAAUACAAAAGAUAAAACCGACACAUUAAUUACAAUAUAUUUAUCUAAUAUCUUUAGAGUAAAUAACAACAACGAAAUAAAAAUUUAAAAGAUCCUCUCUACAGCUAAUGAUUCAUGAAUUGGAUAAUCAUAUUUCAACAAACGAUAAUUUAAUUGAUAUAAACCAAGGCACAGAUAACCAACUACUGUCCGCUAAUUGUACAAAAUGUUGCAAUAUUGAAAUUCAAGACAAGUUCCAUGACUGAAUCGAAUACCCUUAAAAGCGGGCCUGUCAAUCGCGAAAAAAAGAUCUUGCUAAAAGUUACAUCAAUCGAUUCAGCAUAAAAAAGUCGGCUGACGAAACUUUUUAGGCCUUAUAAGUCAUUUUGCUGUCGAGAAAAUCAAGUUUUCCCCGGGACCUAAGUUCAAAAAACCGCCCGAAAAAUUGAUUGAUUUCAGCUUUUUAUCUAUAAAAUCAUCAGUUUUCGCUUCAUCUUUUCGAACAACAUUUCAUUCGAAAGAGCGCAUAAAACCCAACAAACUUUGGUAUUUAAAAUUCUAUGUUUCUCCACAACAAAUUCAGUCUUUUUUCGUGACGAAAUCGCGGUUUCUCCACAAGAGCGUCAUGUUUUCCCUGAAGAAAUCGAUGCUUUCCCGCAAGCACUUCAUUUUUCUCCCUGAAGAAAUCGAUGUUUCUUCACAAGAACUUCUUUUUUGCUGAAGAAAGCGGUGUGUCUGUACAAGAACUUCAUGUUUUUCCCCGAAGAAAUCCGUGUUUCUCCACCAGAACUGCAAUCUAUUUUCGCGACGAAAUCGAUGUUUUUCCACGAAAACUUCAUGUUUUUUCCUGAAGAAACCGAUGUUUCUCCAAAAAUACUUGAUGUUUUUUUCUGUACAAACUAAUCCUUCUCCACAGGUUUUUUCGCCACCACAACUUCUUGUUUUUCGCUGAAGAAACCGAUGUUUUUCCACAGCAGCCAUAUUUUUUCUCCUGAAGAAACCGGAGUUUCUCCAGAUGAACUUCGUGUUUUCUCCUGAAGGACCCGAGGUCUCUCCACAAAUAGUGCAUGUUUUUUCCUGAAGAAAUCGGAGUUUCUUCACAAGAACUUUGUGUUUCCUCCUGAAACCAAUGUUUCGUAUUAAGAACUUCACGUCCUUUACUACAGAAAACGAUGUUUUUCCACAGCAACCUCAUGUUUUUUCCCGAAGAAACCGUUGUUUUCCAAAAGGACUUCGUGUUUUCUGCUGAAGAACACCAUGUUUCUCUGAAAAAACUUCGGAAAGAAUGAAAACGGAGUUUCUCCAGAAGAAGUUCAUGUUUUUUCCUGAAGGAACCGAUCUCUCUCCACAAAUAGUGCAUAUUUUUUUCUGAAGAAAUCGGAGUUUCUCUACAAAUACUACAUAGUUUUUGCUGAAAAAAGGAAUGUUUCUUUACAAAUACUACAUGAUUUUUCUGAAGAAACCGAUAUUUCUCCAGAAACACUACGUGUUUUUUACUGAAGAAAGCGAUGUUUUGCCACAAGAACUUCAUGUUCUUCCCUGAAGAACAUGAUGUUUCUCCACAAUCACCAGACGUUUUUUCCUGAAGAACCCAACCGAUGUUACUAUAUACCAAAUACUCCAAGUUUUUUAUUGACGAUACCAACUUUUCUCCACAAGAACUUCUAGUUUUCUAUGGACAAAGUCCAGUGUUUUCCCACACGAGCUUCGCGUUUUUCACUGAUGUCUCUCCACAAAUACUCCAUGUUUUUUGCUGAAGAAACCAAUGUUUUUUAUCAGGAACCUCAUGUUUUUUCCUAAAGAAAACGAUGCUUUUCAGCAGGAACUUCAUAUUUUUUCCCGAAGAAACCAAUGUUUUUCCACAAGGACUUCCCGUUUUCCGCCGCAGAACGCCAUGUUUCUCUGCAGGGCUAGUACAACUUGGGCUCCUGAUGACGAAUAUCACGUUUAAAAGAUUCUAAAACAACGGCACGGUGAUCUCCUAGACCUGUGAAGAUCCCAUUUUCCAGCAGAAUAGACCUUUUCUGAGCAUUUUCACCAUUUUUUAGUGAAACACUUUCAUGAGCUGAGUUUGAGUACAUAUUGCACCUUCCCACGGGGUUACAGGACGUGGGAUGACAUAUAUCUCGCAUAUACCCGACGUGGGCUAUUAGAAAAACAAGCUUUCAUCUUUAGCCAAACACUGUCAGAAAAGCGUGUUUUUCAGGAGAAACGUGAUAUUCGUCAUCAGGAGCCCAAGUUGUACUAGUCCUGUUACUCUCGAACAAUCCGGAUAAAGUCGAUGUAAAGUCUGGUACGCUCUCGAAAGAAUCACCCUACUACUUCCACAGAAAGAUUGACACAUGUACAUGGUUCAAGAAAAAUUAAAUAUAUAAAGGGUCAAAUAUAUGUUUGCCGUAUCAAAGUGUGGUUAUGAAAUUUUAUUUUCCACACUAUCUCUUACCGUUCCGGAGUUUUUCAGAAUCAAGGUCUAAGACCCACUCUUCACUGUGGGACAUCGCAUUAAAUAUACUUCAAGCUAGAGAUUUCGGAUUGGUUUUAUUUUAAACUAGACACCUAACUGCGUGGACUGAUGGGACUAGAUUUCUGAUUUAGGUCUUUGUUCAUUUUCUAGAGAUCCUAAUUUUCUAGAAAACUAAGACUUAAUUCAAGAAUCGGCAAUCCACGCAGUUAGGUGUGCAGUUUAAAAUAAAACCAACCCGAAAUCUCUAGCUUGAAGUAUAUUUAAAAGAAGUAUUCCACACUGGACAUGUUCGAACAAAAAACAUGUUUUGAGAGAAAACGAUGUGCAUUGGUUGGGCUGUUUUAGGACAUGUAGGAAAAUGCUUGUAAGGUGAAUGUGAGUCUUUCACGCGAUUCUUUUCUGUUAAAAUUUCUUCUAACGCUUAGAAUUAUGUAGUACGAAUCUCUCUUUAAAAUGAUGCAUUUCUAAGUCUCUACCACUUAUCGACCAAGAAAUACAUUCAAAUCACCUCGGAACGUAUUCUCGUUAGUACCGCCUGGGUCUUCACAGACAUAUUCAAUAGGUGAAAGAAUGUUUCCUCCUAAGAUGUGAAUAUUACUUUUCAUGAUGCCAUCUUUCUUCUCUCAGGUAACUAGUUGUGUGUGUUUGUUUUUUGUAGGUGAUACUCGAAAAAUAUUUUCAAAAGUGGCAAUUGGACCCAAAACACUGGAUUGUGUCGUGCAUGAGCAAUUUCAGUGCAUUGUACACAUCAAACAGAGUGAAAUGAAAGAUAUUCCGGCUCCAUUUUUAAGUCGUUUUCAAAAAUACUCAUUAAGCAUUAAUGAUUUUUAUCGUAUUCAGUUAGAAAAAUUAUCAAUAAAAGAGCAAAAUAUCAUGGAUAAUGUGGAAGCAAAACCAAAAACAUUCGUUCAACGUUAUGGUCAACAGUAUGUUUAUGGUUUUACAGAUAAUACACUUUAUUCUUGUAUGUUGUCACUUAUAAAAACUCAACAAAAACAGCCAACUUCGCUCGUUACUCAACUGGUACAAAAUGAAGAAAGUGAACAAAAGAAAACAGAAAAUAAUGAAGUAGAAGAGACAGCAGUCAACGAACAAGAACAAAACAUAGGAAGAAUGGAUACAAUGGUUUAUCUCGGUGCUCACCAGUAUUCACAAUUGACAAUAAAAUCAAAGUCCUUGAUUGAACAAAAUACCACAGAUAUUCAACAGUAUUUAUUACGUUCUGUGAUAUCACGCUUAAUUCAACUUGUAACAGCUGAAAGUUUAGCAUUGAAACUAACUUCAUUUGAAGAUAGUGUAUCACGAUGGAUAUGUACCGAUUAUUUUAAUAAACAAGAACAUUUUAAUAUUGAAAAUUUUAUUCAUCAAUUAUUAUCAGUAUUCAAUGAUGACUAUGAAGAAUUGCUUGAUGAUCAAAAUAACAAUAAUGAGAUAGACAAAAAUAAUUCAAUAACAACUAAAGUAACUAUCUUUACACGUACAUCAUCCUACAUAUUAGGAUUGAAUAAACAAUCAAGUAGUCAACUCUUCAGUGAAGAUAAUAUGCAAAAUAACAAUGAAAAAGUCAAUAUAUUAAAUCUGGCUACCGUUGAAAAUUCGUAA